GAGUGAAACGUCAGCCACGUAAAUGAUCUGUCAAUUGACGAGUUGUAAGAAAUUCACCUUUCUCUGAGCUGUUUUAUAAAAGUUAGAAUAAUAUUGAAACUAAAGACAGAAUGGCUGCGAAAUUGUUAUCCCUGAUCUUAAUCGUCGCUGCUGCAGUGGCGGCGGAUGAUGAACCAACAGUAGCCAAAUUAUUGGUAUCAAAACAAGUGCUGAAUAAAUAUUUAGUUGAAAAUAUGGACAUUUUAGUGAAAUACACACUGUACAAUGUCGGCACCGCUGCAGCCGUGGAUGUGAAGUUAGAAGACAAUGGUUUCCAUCCUGAAGUGUUCACAGUGGUUGGCGGGCAGCUCAGUGCGCAGAUCGACAGAAUACCCCCACAGGCGAAUGUUUCACACGUCGUCACAGUCAGAUCUAACAGAUACGGCUACUUCAACUUCACCUCAGCGGAAGUUACAUACAAAUCUUCUGAAGAUGCCAGUGAGGUGAUCUACUCUAUCAGCAGUUCUCCAGGUGAAGGAGCUAUUGUCGCCUUCAAAGACUAUGACCGCAAGUUUUCAUCACAUAUCCUCGAUUGGGCUGCGUUUGCCGUUAUGACACUGCCAUCUCUUGCAAUUCCCUUCUUCCUCUGGUACUCGUCAAAGAGCAAAUAUGAAAAACUGUCUAAGCCUAAGAAAACUCAUUAGUUAGUAUAUAAUUAGUUAAUUAGGUCAUUGCUAAUGUUAGAUGUAUGCAAUUGUUAUUAAAUAUGAUUAAAACCA